UCAGUUUCGUUUCUUGCAGACUGGCUAACGCGCUACUUCUGCAGCCAUGGCAAAAGCUAAGGAAGAAUUUACAGGGGGUGCCAGCCUGGAGGAUGAACUCAGCUGUCCCAUCUGCCUGUGCCUGUACAAGAACCCCGUGUCGCUGAGCUGCGGUCACAGCUUCUGCAAGCAGUGCAUCCAGAAGGCGCUCGGUGCCCAGCAGAAAUCCAAGGCCCCUUACUCCUGCCCCAUGUGCAAGAUCCAGCUGGGGCCCAUCCUGGAGCUGCAGAAGAAUUUCCAGCUGUGCAGCAUCGUGGAGGCAUUUCUGGCUACCACUUCCAAAGGAAAACAGGGUGAGGGCUCUGCAGGGGGGAUGGAGGUGGUUCCCUGUGAUUUCUGCCUGGAUCAGCCCCAGCCAGCGGUGAAAACCUGCCUGACCUGCAACGCCUCUUUGUGCCAGGCCCAUCUGAGCAAACACAACGCCAAGGCUUCCCAGCAGGAGCACAUCCUGGUGGAGGUGGGCGCAGGCGGUGUGGUGGAGGAGAGGAGGUGCCAGGAGCACGGCCAGCUGAUGGAGUUCUACUGCCAGGAUGAGGGGCAGUGCAUCUGCGUGCUCUGCUCUGUCACGGGAUGCCACCGGGGCCACAGCGUCAUCACCCUGAAGGAGGCACAUAACAAACAGCUGGGUGAACUCUCGGACAUGGUGACAUGGCUGCAGGAACGUAAAAGCGCUUUAGCUACUGCCCUAGAAGAGCUUCAGAAAAAUAAGAAUCAGCUCGAGACCAAUACGAAAACAGUGACUUCUCAGCUGCAAAAGCUGUUUGAAGAGAUGAAGACAGAGAUAAUUCAGAAAGAGAAGAAGGUCCUGAGUGACAUUCAAUCCAAUGAGAAAAAACAACUGGCAAACAUUACCAGAGUGAAGAAGCAAAUGGAACAGAAAAGAGAUGAGGCUGUGCAGCAUCUUCAGUCUUUGCAGAAGAUGAGAGAGCAACCAGAUAUUUUCAUCUUCUUCAAAGAAUUUAAACUUGCCAUGGACAGGAUUGCGAGUCAGAAUUUCAGCGUCAGCAGGAUGGACGUGAGGGUAGUGAAGCUGGAUCAGGGCAGGACCAACCAGUACCAACACCUGACGCGGGACUUCAUGAAUCGCCUGGGCUUGCUGCUGCAAGGCGUGCACAGUAAACUCACCAACCAAAUUAAGUGGAACAGCGAGGCUACAGAUGCUGGUACCUCUUCAGACCCUGAUAAUGGAGGGAGAGCACAACAGGCAAGACGUGCAGCACAAAACCUACAGAGAAGAUCAAAGUACUUCUGGUGGGAGAUGUGAACAAAGUGUAUGGUCCACGUAUGCCCAGAAGUAAGGGAGAGAUGAAAAAGGAAGUCAGAAAUGAGAUGGAAAGAAGUAGUUAAAUAUUGCCGAAAAUGUCCUCUAAUAAUGGGGACCUGCCAAGUGUCUUGACUUCCCCUGCAUACCUGCUAUUAAAAGUAAUUCUGUAGCCUACGCAAAUUUAGAAAAGAAGUGCUAAGAAUUAAGAUGAACAUAAGAAAAUCUCCCAACUGCUGCUGGCUUCCAAACUGUGGACUAUAUCACCUCACAGUGUUGAUGAUACUUGUGUACUAUUCAUUGUGGUGUUCGUGCGGUAUUAUGUAGCUGGAUAACAAAACAAAUGGCUAUAGAUACAGAAAAGUAAGGCUGCCUGAUUUCAUACCAUCACCAGGAAUUAAUCGCUGAGAGGACUGUUUGUGGAUAGCUGCAGUAGAAACCUGUUCAGGACCACGCCACAGAUUUGAAUGACCACAUUUAACAAAGCAAAGAAUGAAUUAUCUUCGUAGGCAACCAGCUUAGUCAGCCUCUAGGCCGCAUUUAAACACCUCUCCUACAGAGCCCUCGGAGACCCCUGCCAAGUACCACCAUCAGCAGUGUAUGAAGAUGGUUUACUGGCCACACCUCCAUGUGUACAGAUGUUCUUUUCUGAUCAAGCACAUGCUGUGCUUUCCAGAUGUAGCUGUUUUUGCACGUGUCAGCCCCACAAAGGGAUUUCAUGGACGCUGCCAGGCUCACUCUCUGCUGCUGUAGGCUGCUCUGUGCCUAGCUGUGGCUCAGAUCCAACACACAGGUUCACAACCUGGGUGUUUCUUCUCCAAAUGAUAAAAAUACUCUACUGCAAACCAGGGUUGCAGGUUCUGGGUGCUUCUAUAUAA